AUGGAUCCCUCGCGAUCAACCUUUCCAGCGCCCCGGCGGGUUAUGACAGCACCCCAGGGUUCUGUCUGCAGCCCUUCUUCAUCGUCUCAAUCGGCCCCGGGUCUUGUCGAAACCCUCUACAACCAUCCCAAUGUCAAGAUCAUCGCCUUUACAGCCUCGGGGCGAAACAGGGCGAGGAGUCCUGGCCGUGCGCCACCCGACGAGGAGCCCGGCUCGUUGGCAUCAUCAUCGCAGCUUGAGCGUACCAUUGCAGUCGCGCUGCAACCGAUUCUACCGAAGAGCCAAUGUUGGUGCAUCGACGAAGUGUCCAACAAGUUCGUUCUUCAAAUCCGUCGACCGCAAUACUGGAGGAUAGAGGUUCCGGUGUCGGAUCCUGAAGAGAAGGAGUUGGCCCACGCGUUACGAGGCGUUUUCGAUCAGAUCUUACAGUUCGAAAAGACAGCGUGCCCGUUCAAGCGAUCGUUCACCAUAGCGCUCCCUGAGAAGCCGAAAACGCCCAUCAAGAAGCGGCCCUGGACUCCGGUCCGCAGAUCCAUCACACCCACCGCCAUGACCAUCGUCGAGGCGACGACAACGCCCCCAGCUAGGACUACGAGGCGCAAGAGCGAGUCGCCUGCCGCACGGCAACUGAAAGCCAGCAUGAAAGCCGCUUUCACAGCGGACGAAGAUUCCACAUCUCGAAGCGAAGUUGUCUCAGACACUGUUGUGCAGCGCACGAAUGUUCAAGCACCGGAGACCCAAGCACCAGAGACCCAAACGCCAGAGACCCAAGCACCAGAGACCCAAGCACCAGAGACCCAAGCACCAGAGACCCAAACACCAGAAGUCCAAGUGCCAGAUGCCCGAGGAGUACCCCCUGUCAGCUCUGUCCCCGAAGAUGGCAUGUCUACGCAGACAGAGGAUAUCACCCAGGAUGCGAAGCAACCAAACGACGCAAGCGGCCGAAACACCGCGGAUGAGACGGAGAAUAGAGAAAAAGACGUGAUACCCGUCACAGAUGAAAUAUCUGUUGUUGAACAACCUGAAUCGGACCACAACACUCUCGAGAUCCUACCUGGAACGCCUGCAUGCGAGCCGGACGUAGUCAUUUUAGCAACAACAAACGACGUGAACGAUGGUGCCCGAGUCAGGACAGAAGCAACGGAGGCCGAGCUGAACCAGGAGAUUCCGCCGGAAACAGGCGUUCCCCCCGCACCAAUGCAGGCUCAACCCUUGAGCGAGGUUCGCGACAUCUCUACACCACAGAGCAAUAACCCACCGACUCUAUUGCCUGUGCAAGGAGCGGAGGAAACAAAUACAACCGCUCGACCUGACAUUCACGACUUCCUUCGUGCAUACGAGCAGAAGGCGGCGGCAGAAGCCCCAAAAAACGCAGACGUCGAGCCCAGCGUUGUCGAGGAAGAUGUUCAACUCCCAACAGCCGCUGAUGACGACAUUAAAUCUACGGCCAGUGGAGAAAGCGGAACAGAGACAGUCGGGACGGAGCCAACUAGUGCAGAGGUGCUGGAGGGGAGUGGUGUCGUAGGUGCUCGGCGGAAGAAGUUGCGCGGGUUCCGCGCAGGUCGCUCUCUUGCCGUUCCACCACAACUCACGCUCAUCACAUCGCCCCCUUCCAAGUCUGCCGCUUCGAAGCAAUCUCCUACUCGGCUGCCCGAGGACGCAAAGGGUCAGAUCUCACCAGCUGGGUCGUCUGACUCUUUCCAUAGCGUACAAUCAUGGCAAUCUCCCCUCUCCUCUCCCGGAUCGCAGCCGAAGACACCCUCAACGUUUCCGUACCCGCACGACAACAUCUUAAUGCCCAUGAGGAUGUCUCAGUAUCGCGAUAUCUCGGACUUGACUGUGACGCCAGACACCAAGAGAACAUGGGAUGCAGCGUCUUUUGGGACCAACGAGAGCUCUCAAGAGAGCGCAGCGACUGCCCCAGACAUGACAUCCGAGAUGGCUGAGCAGGCUGGCAAGGACUCAUCCGCGGAUAGCGAAGCAAAGUCGACCGCAGUGGCACGCCGUAGACCCAGUAUUCGCCACCGGGCGACGGCAAGCAGCAUUUCGGUCAGCCGAGCGCUCUCACCCCUUCCGCCAGCUGCCAACCUGUUCUCCCCGACGGCAACUUCAAUGAGGCGGCUGCCCACACGCAGCCGGCUCGAUAUCGUUCGACGGGUACCCAUGGCGAUAGUCGCCAAGACAUGUGAGAUCCUGCUGAGCCCGCCUAGCCAUCUUAUGAACCUGAUGCUGCGGGUGGCGGCACGGAUCGCGGCCGGCGAAUGGCGUGGCAUGAUGUUUGGUUAUGGAGAGUCCGGGGAGACGAUCCCCGUGCAGUGGGACUACUCGGACGGCGAACUCAGCGACUGGGGUGACGACGAUGACUUCUACAUGAGCCAGACAGAGGGCUCACGGGCCCCGAGCGUAGCUGACCAGCGGGAAGCUCGAGACCGAACGGCUCGCGGCUGGGAGGUCGACUGA